GGUCAACCCAAAGCAACAAAGGGUCAAUCUGUAUUCUGUAUCUUGAGCGUUCUUUUUUCUGUAAUAUUACGGAUAUUUUCGUGAAAUAUUGAAUAAAAAAUACUCUUCGGGGCUACAAAAUGAGUGCUCAAACGGAACUUUACAAGGAGAAAAAGAAGCGGCACGUUAUUUGUAUGGCCUCAGAUUUCUUCUAUCCUAAUACUGGAGGUGUAGAAGAGCACAUAUACAAUCUUUCACAGUGUUUAAUCAAACGUGGUCAUAAAGUUGUCGUUAUUACUCAUUCUUACGGAAAGCGAAUAGGUAUUCGCUAUCUUACGGCCGGCCUGAAGGUAUAUUAUUUACCAAUUCGGGUGUUCUACGCUCAAUGUGUGCUGCCUACUAUGAUUUGUAAUAUUCCUAUUAUCAGGUACAUUCUUAUCAGAGAGCAAAUUGAAAUUGUUCAUGGUCAUUCAGCAUUUAGUGUUAUGGCCCAUGAAGUUUCCAUAAUAGGCAAAUUAUUAGGCUUGAAGACUGUAUUUACAGACCACAGCCUUUUUGGAUUUGCUGAUACAUCAGCAGUUCUAACAAAUAAGUAUUUGCAAAUGUGUCUUUGUGAGUGUGAUCACUGUAUUUGUGUAUCACAUACAGGCAAAGAGAACACAGUUCUUAGAGCCAAAGUUAAAGCUUAUAAAGUGUCUGUUAUUCCAAAUGCUGUUGAUGCAUAUAGUUUCACCCCAGAUCCAAGCCAAAGAGACUCUAAUUUUAUAACAAUUGUAAUUGUUAGUCGAUUAGUAUACAGGAAAGGUGUAGAUUUAAUGGCAGCAGUGAUAGCAGACAUGUGUCCUCGAUACCCCAACCUUAGAUUUAUAAUUGGUGGAGAUGGUCCUAAGAUGUGGUUGUUGCAAGAAGUUAGAGAACAAAAAGGUUUUCAACAUUGUGUCACUCUAUUGGGGAGCCUGAAACAUUCCGAAGUUAGGAAUGUUUUAGUAAAAGGCGACAUAUUUCUAAAUACAUCUCUCACUGAGGCAUAUUGCAUGGCAAUAGUUGAAGCUGCUUCUUGUGGUCUGAAGGUGGUUUCUACAAGAGUCGGUGGUAUACCUGAAGUGCUGCCUGAAAGCAUGAUAUACCUGACAGAGCCAAAAGUUGGGAGUGUAGUUGAAGGCAUUGAACAAGCCAUGAAAGACCUAAAAACAAAUAAGAUUUUAUGCCCAUUUGAAUGCAAUAAGAAGGUUAGAGAUAUGUACAAUUGGAUGGAUAUUACUAGAAGAACUGAAAUAGUGUAUGAUAAAAUUAGUUUAAAUAAAAACAAAUCUUUAGGAUUGCAGCUCCGUAGCUACACAACUUGUGGAGUUUGGCCAUUCCUUCUUGUUAUUACUCUCAUGUACUUGCUGUUACAGUUAACAGAGAGAAUUUAUAAGCGCAAACAUAUAGACAUAGCUAGGGACUUAAAGUUAUAACAAAUUGCCAAGAUAGUUACAAUUAAAGAUUUAUU